AUCUAGACGACAUUACGUCACAGUCCUUUGAGCCCCGACUUCUUCCGUCGUAUCCUAUUGUGAUUCCAGUACAAGAGAGGUUUGAGAUCAAAGUGUUCCCGCCUUCGGGUCGACCUGAUCCUGACUACCGGUGGGUGGACCGGAAUGACCGCACGAUUGGGGACACUGGACGCAUCCAUGUGCAGGGCAACAACCUGGUCUUUGAAUCACCCCAGGAGGUGGACUCGGGCAACUACACCUUCGUGGCCAACAACACGUCCGGCGAGAAGAAACAGAGCGUCUGGGUCAUUGUCUCAGUGCCGCCAAUCAUCAGCCGUGUACCGCAGCCAAUGACAGUGGACGAAGACGGAAGUGCAUCUUUUAGCUGUCAGGUGGCGGGAACUCCGUACCCCGUGACUACAAUUUUGUGGAUGAAGGAUGGUGUCCCCUUGCCUAUGGGGUCCAAGUUCUUUCAAAUCAACCCCAAAGAGGGGACUUUGGUCAUUCCAACGGUCAGGGGCUCAGAUGCAGGCAACUACGUCUGUGUGGCCAACACUACUGGUCAUCCUGUGAAACUGUCCAGUCCUGCAAACCUUCGAGUAUCCAGGAAGCUGAAGUUUGAUCCUCAACCCGACGAAGUCUACUACCUGGAGCUGGACAAAGUUGCCAGCAUCAAGUGCCACGCUGAAGCCCUGACCCCACCUCUGAUCCAGUGGCUGAAGGUCAACAAUGGGCUCAAGCUGCCCGACCACAUGUACGAGGAGAGAGGGACUUUAUAUUUUGUGAAAGUCCGCAGGGAGGACGAGGGCAAAUACAUGUGUGUGGCCACCCACAGGCAACAAGGUUACAUCAACGCUACAGUGACAGUCAGGAUUGUUGAAAAGCCAUUCUUUAGCACUCGGCCUCCCAAUAUGACCACAGCAUUUGAAGGCCAGCCCAUGAGGCUUCACUGCGUGGCUGCUGGCGAUCCCAAACCACAGAUCGUGUGGGACAAGGAUGGGAGAAUCUUGCCUACCACUGAUCCUGCAGCAACUUCCAACAGUAGAUAUUUGGUGUUUCCUAAUGGAACGUUACUGGUACAAAAAGUUUUAAUAGAGGACAAAGGAAAAUAUGGAUGCACAGCUAACAACUCUGCUGGAAAAAUUCGCACAGAGUUAACCCUCCUGAUAACACAACCAAUCGAAGAAGAUGAAGGAUUUGACAUGGCCAAGACAGUAAUCAUAGCUGUCUGCAGUGCUGGUGCCUAUCUUGCCCUGGUCAUCGGUCUCACAGCCUACUGUAGUUAUCGCCUCCUCAUGCAGAGAAAGACCAGGAAACAAUUACUUAAUGCUAAAAACAUGAAGCUCGGAGCAGGAGAAUUCCAACAUCACAGAGAGCAGCAUGAACUUCUGAUGAAGGACAGAGAUUCUGGGCUGCAGUUCCGCAGUGACAGCGACAACCGCUCACAUGUCUCAGGCAUGAGCUCAAACCCUUCACACUCCUCGACUUCUGCUUCAGGGGCUGCUUCUCACAUCACAGCAUCAGCAGCAGCAGCAGCAGCAGCACGGUGUCGCAGUACCAGUCUAGACAAGUUUAUCUUUCCGAGACAGGAUCUUCACACACUAGGAAUUAUCGGAAAAGGCAAAUUCGGGGAUGUGUUCCUGGCCAAAGCCAGAGCUAUACGACCCCAUGAACCAGAGACGCUCGUGGUUGUGAAGUCCCUGCUGACCAAAGGGGAGGCAAUCAGCACCGAGUUUCAUGCAGAAAUGGACAUGUACAGCAAGAUGGAGCAUUCCAACAUUGUUCGACUGCUGGGUGUUUGUCGGGAGGCGGAGCCAUUCUUCAUGAUCACUGAGUACUGUGACUGGGGAGACCUGAAACAAUUUUUAGUGGCCAUGAGAAGUGACAAUGGCCGCCGAGCUCCAACUGCAAGAUUACCUACCAUUUCUGCUCUUCAGAAAAUGAAGAUGUGUCAGCAGGUGGCGCUGGGGAUGGAGUAUCUAUCAGGAUGCAAAUUUAUACAUAGAGAUCUUGCAGCUAGAAAUGUCCUUCUGUCAUCAAGGAUGGAACUGAAGGUGUCUAGCCUGUCCUUACUAAGAGAUGCAUACGCCACUGAAUAUUUCUCUCAUCCAACGAGACCAACACCAAUCCCACUAAGAUGGCUGCCACCAGAAGCCAUUAAAGAUGGCGAAUUUUCUCUUCACACAGACAUCUGGUCUUUUGGCAUUUUUGUAUGGGAAGUUUUCCAUUUGUGUGACUUGCCCUAUCGCCUGCACAGCGAUGAUGAAAUCUUUAAGUCAAUGUGCGGAAAUGGUGCAGCCGCUAACUCACUACCACGGUUAGACUUUGCUGAAUACUGCCCAACCCCAGUUAUGGAUCUUGUGAUGCAGUGCUGCACCAUGCCGGCUUCUAGCAGACCAGUAUUUUCAGACCUGGCAGUGAGGCUAGGUCAGUUAUUGACUAAUGGUGAAAGUGUCUGA